AUGGCAGUAACGGAAGAACAAUUGGAGCAAUCCAAUCUCAUAAAUUGGACCAUAUUUCAAGAAAUACUUAUGAUGGAUGAGGAUGAAGAGGGAUUUGCACUUUCAUUGAUCAAAACAUUUGUGGAUCAGGCGACUGGUAUAUUUAAGGAAAUGGCAGACAUUUUGGACGAUCCAGAUCAAACACAGGACAAAUUGGAAAAGCUAUCUUCUAUUGGUCAUUACUUAAAAGGAUCUGCAGCCGCACUUGGAUUGCAAAAAGUGCAGUACGCAUGUGAAAGGGUACAGAAUUAUGGCAAACAGAACAACUUUGAUAAUUAUAAUAAGGCUUUACAAGCCGAUUCAUUAGGAGCUUGGUACGAAUGUUGUCAGGAUGCCUUUGCAGAUGCCCGGGAAUAUUAUGCUGAAAGCAAAAACCUUCUGAGUGACUACUUUCAGGCUAAGUUAUAA